GCUGGACGGACUGCGUUGGAGGCAGAGCAGGAGGGUGAUAGAGAUCCUGCGGGGCUAUAUCGAAGUGGCGGUGGGAGGGGCGAGAGGAACUUGUGGUGGUGUACAUGGUUCUCCUCUAUUUUAUACUCAUAGCAACUCAGUGAGGCUAAGGAGAAGUGACUAGUCCAGUGACACCCGGGAAAGAUGUUUUUGGUGGGACUGACAGGGGGGAUUGCAUCAGGAAAAAGUACAGUGCUUACUGUGCUGCAGGACCUGGGCUGUGCUGUUAUUGAUGCGGAUAUUAUAGCUCGACAAGUGGUCCAGCCAGGCCUCCUGGCCUACCAGAGUAUUGUGCAUGCCUUUGGUCCUGAAAUCCUCUUGGAGAAUGGCGAAAUCAAUCGUGAAGCUCUGGGGAGCUUAAUUUUCUCCCAGCCAGAGAAACGUCAGCUGCUAAAUUCCAUCACUCACCCACAGAUCCAGAAGGAGAUGUUAAAACAAAUCUUGAAACACUUUGUGCUUGGCUACCGGUAUGUGAUCCUGGAUAUCCCCCUGCUUUUUGAAUCCAACAAGCUGACCAGGUUCAUGAAACAUACCGUUCUUGUCUACUGUGACCCACAAACCCAGCUGACUCGCCUGAUGCGCAGGAAUGGGCUGACUCAAGCAGAGGCGGAAGCACGAAUCGCUGCCCAGCUGCCCCUUGACCAGAAAGUCAAGUUGGCUGACCACAUCAUUGACAACUCAGGCAACAAGGAAGCCACAAAAAGGCAAGUCCUGAAGUUGCAUUCAUCACUGGAGGACUCUUUGGACUUCCUUUGGGUACGCUUCUUGGCCAUCACAGCCGUGGCUGGGAUUAGUGGCCUCACAUAUUUCCUGCUGAGGCAGCUUGUGUCUUAAUCUCCUAGGAUGGUGGUGGUGGUUUUUGCAACAUGGAGCAAAAAUUUUCUAGACAAGAAUGUUCUGCUUUGGAAAAAGCCAAAGAAAUCCACAGCCUGGAACGAGUGUCACAGUCUGACUGCAGAGGACUAAAUAUAUAUAUUUAUAUAUAUGGAUAUGUAUGGAUUGAUGUCAAAGGUUUAGCUAAUAUCCUCAGAGAUUGCUCUUGAAAAACUCUUGAAAGUUGAAAGGAGAGCUCUCUCCUUCCCAAGUGGCUCUUGGCCUUCCUUUCUGGUGCUCUUGUAAAAAGCUAGCAUGUAAUUGAGAAGGGGAAGUGGGUCGGGAUGCAGUUCACUAGGGUAGUAGAAACUUUGGAAUGCUCAUUUGGGGAUGUGCUGUAACUUGUUCAGUAAAUCUGACGUCUCAGCCACACAAUUCUCAUGGGAGUUUUUGACGCAAUGAUAAAACUAACGCUAUGUGGCCUUUCCCAAAAUGCCCUGUGCAGCCACCUCCAUGGUGAGAUUUGGUACUGACCAAGUAUAUUGUUGCCCUGAACAAAGUACACUAGUCCUCUCCUGGGGUUCUGUUACUGCUGGCCAGCUCCAAGGAGGGGAUGCCUGUUUCCUCCUGGACCACUGAUGGCUGGGAGUAACCCGAGGCCCUGCAGGCAUUGGCGCCCCCUCAAUGUGCUUCGUUUGAGCAGCUUGGGCAGAGCACUAGUCUUGGGUACUAGCUGCAGCCUGCUCAGCUUUAUGCUCCAGAAAAUGGCCAGUAUGAAAUCUCAUUGCACUGUGAGAAUUGGGAGGGCUUGCGUAGGAGAGGCUUUUGUGUGUCUUGGGGAAUUCAGUGUCAAGGGAAAAACAAAAGCCAGUGAGAAUUGGGCUACAUUUAUAGUUUUGCAAGAAGUGCCACAUUACUGCUUUUCAUUUGAACAUCUUUUUAUUGAUCAGUCACACACGCCAAACGACACACUUCAGUCUUCCAAUACAAAGUUGUAAGUGCAGUCUGGAACAUGUAGAUUCUUUCUGCAUUUGUGCCUCGAAUUCAGACGGAUGAGCCUAUCUGCUGGCGUUAAAUGCAUUACCCACAUUUGGGAUUCCAGAUAACAGCAGUGUUCAUUUCAAAUUUCCUUCUUUCAAGGAGUCUCUCCCACCCUAGUCUGUUGGCGGAGCAGCCUGUGUGGAUGUGAGGGGAGGGGAAUCAAACAAGUGUUCUCAGGCACACCGCUAAGGCCCUGUUGCAGCUCUCUGUUAGGGUGUGGGGGCACAGAGGACUCUCAGACACAAAGCCAUGCCUUUUGUUGGGACUCGACAAAUUGUCACAGAGCCACGUGAAUCACGAGAUUUCCAGAGUGCUACAUGCAAGCCCUGCAGAACACGCUACAAAGAACAAUGUGCUAAGAAAGAAUGCUCGCAGAAGUCCACUGAUGAGGGUAUGUUUUUUCACACAUUACUCAGCAGCAGACCUGAGUUGGGCACUGG